UAAUUGUCCAGGUGUAAGGCGGAACCUUGUCCACGCCAAGGACCCCAUCUCCGAGUCCAGUGUUAAACUCAACUUGAACCCUCGUUGUCGUUGUAGAGAGCAAAACACUGCAAACCCCUUCGGCGUUUUGUCCUUACGUUGUUAUUAAGAAGCGUAACGCAUUCACCACGAUGGUGACCAAAGCGAUGGAGGUGGUGAAGGAUCUGGACGUGAAGCGGUACAUGGGUCGGUGGUACGAGAUUGCGUGCUUCCCGUCGAGGUUUCAACCCAGUGACGGCACCAACACCAGAGCCACCUACACUCUCCGAGAUGACGGCACCAUCAACGUUCUUAACGAGACUUGGAGUGGCGGCAAAAGAGGUUUCAUUGAGGGCACUGCUUAUAAGGCUGAUCCCAACAGCGACGAGGCCAAGUUGAAGGUCAAGUUCUGGGUGCCUCCCUUUUUACCCAUCAUUCCCGUUACUGGGGAUUACUGGCUUUUGUACAUUGACCAGGAUUAUCACUAUGCUGUCAUUGGCCAACCUUCCAGGAAUUAUCUUUGGAUAUUGUCCAGGAAGAACCAUAUGGAUGAGGAAACCUACAACCAGCUUGUUGAGAGAGCUAAGGAUGAGGGGUAUGAUGUGAGCAAACUCCACAAGACUCCACACAGUGAUUCUCCACCGGAGGAAGAAGGUCCUCAGGACACCAAAGGCGUUUGGUGGAUCAAGUCCCUUCUGGGGAAAUAGGUGUGGCUGAAGGUGAAGGAGUGUUUCAUAUCGUUAAUAAAAGUGAUGAAUCGGAGCAAUUUAGAUUGGAUCUCUGUAUUUUUACACAUGUUGGGUUGUUGUGUAGAUAGACUAAGCUGGUGCGAUAUGAACCUUUGUAAAGUUGAUGUUUGAUGCUCUGAUUGUGUUUGUUCUUUAUUAGUUGUUUUGGUGAGAAUCCAAUGUUUGAAUACUUUGCAGCGAUUUCCAUUUUGCUUUUACUUUU